UCAAGUAAGGUCUCUUCUAUAGUCAAGACCUUUCCCGGAGCUCGACUGCUUGCACACUGAACAUUAGCCUCUGACAUUUAGCACAACACAAAUAUACUUUACAUACGCCUGACCUAAGUCAGAGGUCAUUUGGACUUGAGCCAGACCGAACGGCAGUUGAGCUGAUCUCGUAGUGUUGCUGUUUUGAACAAUUUCCUAAUAUAACCAAGCAGCUAAUCCAUCACAUUCCAGUCAAAAGUUAUUAUGGUCGCAAAACAAAGCAAACCGAAGGCAGAUCUCGAGGACCUAUGGCAGCUUGUCGGUGGUUUUGGACGCUACCCUAUUCUUCUAACAAUCUUUAUGAUGUAUGUAACGAUUGUAGUGAGCUUCCAUACAUUUAUACAGACGUUUUACGGCACUGCUCCGAAUUACGAAUGUGUCUCUAAUGAGCCGAACAACACUAGCUCUUGUCCGGUCAAUAAGUGUGGAUGUCAAAAUUGUACAUACGUUUUUGCUGAAGAGUUUACAAGCGCCGUAUCUGAAUGGAAUUUGAUCUGCACGCGUGGCCACCUCAAAGCAAUGACCCAGGCUGUUUUCAUGGCGGGACUUCUCAUCGGUUCUGUGGGAUUUGGAAAGUUCUCAGACCACUUUGGAAGAAAACCAACGACCUUUGUCAGUCUUAUUUUGAUGGCUUUAUUUGGGUUUGGCUCCACGUUCGCCAACAGUCUCACACUCUUCGCCGUCAUGCGAUUUGGUUCCGGUUUAUCUACUUCCGGUUCCAUGUUGGUCAAGUUCGUGUACUGUAUGGAGAUAUCUAGACUUCCCCAGCGUACAUCCAUGGGAAUUAUUUGCAAUUUAUUUGUAGCAAUAGGUGCCAUGUUGUUGACCCUGUUAGCUUACUGCUUACCUGAAUGGCGCGAUUUGAUGCUGGCUGUCACUCUUUCCGGUAUCCCAGGAAUACUUUUGUGGAGAUGGUUUCCUGAAUCACCUCGGUGGCUAAUAGCAAAAGGAAAGCUAAAAGAAGCUCAGACAGUAUUCGAGAGUUUCGCGUCAACAAACAGUGUGCAAGUAGAUUCCAAUCAAAUCGCCUCGACCAUCCAGGACAUCAAGAAUGCUGAAUCACAUACCUUCAUCAAAACUGAUAAAAAGAGUAUGACUGGAAUCCUUGACCUUGUUAGGACUCCCAAGAUGAGAAAGCGUUCCUUGGUGUUAGCUUAUAACUGGUUCGUAAAUUCUGUGAUAUUUUAUGGCAUCACUUUGAACGCCAAGAACCUUGGUGGAUCGCUGUAUCUAAACGCGUUUAUCCUGUUUGGUGUUGGCAUUCCAUCAAUAUUAUUACUAUGGUACGUUCUUAAGAGACUGGGUCGUCGUAUCUGUUAUUGUCUUUUUAUGUUACUUGGUGGCAUAGCGUGUGCCAUGGUCAUUGCUGUCCCAGGAACAUCAGGGGACCAUCCUGCAGUUAAAGCGUUGGCUAUAAUCGGGAAUUUUUGUAUCAUCGCUACAUUCUCAGGAGUCUAUAUUUACAACCUUGAAUUGAGUCCAACUUUACUCAGGAAUCUUUCUUUAGGAGUUGGUUCCAUGUUGUCUCGUGUGGGAGGGAUAGUCGCUCCGUACGUCGUGUUCCUCAAUGACAUAAUGCAAAACCUUCCACUUGUCAUAUUUGGAGUAAUGGCUUUUAUUGCUGGCACUACUGCAUUACUUUUACCUGAAACCCUAUUCAGUUCCAUGCCCCAGACCGUUCAACAAGUAGAGUCCUGGGAUGAGGAUUACAGUGUUCCGUGGAGAAGAAGAAGACAUCGAGACCAAGUAUCAAAGAAUGUAACGAAAGAAGGGGAAGCUGACGAUUUGAUAAAUGGGAACAUUUUGGACAACAGCAUGGAUUUGUACUUUCGUGAAACAACCGUGUAGCCGAAUCACUUGUGAUACGUCACCAUCGACAGGGCAGAAAAACGGUUUUUGGCCUUUCGCCAUAAGGACAGCUUUACGUAUUUAAGCUCAAUAUUUUAUAAACACGUUCUUUUGGAGCCAUAUAGCAAAAUAUCAAAUGCAACCAAAAUUUAUGGAAUGCGCAUUUGAGAUAUGAAGCCGUGUACUUUGGGAGAGGUGAUAUUUUGAUCAGCAGAAAAAUUGACAUUAGCGUGAAUACUAAUAAGUAAAUUAACUGUAAUAAUUCGACAAAAUUUCGUCACAAGUUUCGAGCAGCAGUGACACAAAUGAAAAGCUUGAAAAUUUGGAGUAUUAAACUCAGUUAAAUAAAAAAAUCGUGAAAGUAGCGGGCUUAUCGUUUUUCUACCCUGUCGUCACCUUCAUCUUACCUUACUUAUUUAUCGAUAUAGGGGCUCUAUCAUUACCUAUUCCCAGGGGGAGGGGAUCGGAAGAUAUUUUUGUUGCAACAUCGUCGAUAUUAAUUAGUGCCAACAAGAGGCACUGUAUUUGUUUCCUGAUUCCCUCUCAUUAGUUGGUGCUACUAAGCGAUUACCUCUAUGAAGAACUGUAAAUAUUUUAGUUGAUCCCGGCCCCUCCAGUUGUCUACUGAAAAACUUUUGUA